GGGUGGGAUAUGGAGAGGAGACGGCAUUAUAUCACUAAUGCAAGCAUCAAAUUUCAAGAUGGAUUGACAGUAGUUGCUGAUUGCAGGCCUUUGCUGGAUUUGUUUAUGGCUGCUUGUUUUAUGGUUUUGGUUUUUUUCUUCCUGGCAUGAUCCAGUCAGCAUCUGUCAAGCUAAAAGGUCCCAGACUCUGACAGGGACCUUUAGCUGACAGUGUGGUGAUAAACAUGCUUUUAUCAGUCCACUGGUUUUGCUCAGUCUUCAGAAUGAACCUUGCUUCUUUCUGGUGAGUUUGCAAAAUAAAUAAUGCAAAAGUGGAAUUGGGCAGAAUCAUUUGUUGUCUUGCUAUUUCAGUUGCUAAUCAGAACUAUUUCUACUGACCAGUUUUAUUACACUGAUUAAACUGAUAUGUGUCUUGCUAACUAAGCAAGACCUCAGUAUGCCACGCCAUUUGCAUUGAAAGGCCUUUUUUUCUUUUUGGUGUAUUUUAGCCCUUCGAGUUUUUAGCUCUUCCCAUCUCUUCCUAACUUUCAGUUUUCAGCCUUUCCUCAAAAUUUGCCAAUAAAUAGUUGUGGUGUUUUGGUUUUUUUCCCCCCUCCUUAUUUUCUAUGCAGUAUUCCUAUCUUUUUCCAAUACUAAACAGUAGUCUGCUGUUUAACGGUAAAUGUUGGGUUAAGAAAGCUUGCCUUACCAGGGGACGUGAGUAAUACUGUAUGAAUUCUUUUACAAAAGUGAUAUAAAGAAGCAGAUGCUCUUAGAAUGUGGGUUUGCUUGACUUCUGCAUAAUCAGCAGCAGUCAUCCAACUGCUGACUUUUACCUGGGUGUUUAAAUCAUGCCAAUAAUACCCACUUAUGUUUUUCCUUCUCUUAAUCUUGUUCACACUCAGGUUUCUCUGCCUUUCACUGCAAAGCAUAUGCAUCUCAUUGCUGUAUUGUCCUUUCUUGGACAGCUCAAUAUUCCUGCUAUGCCAUAAUCUUAAAGGUGCACUCCUAACCUAUAGCUUUUCCCCCAUCAAAUUAAUAUCACAUAUCUAUUAAUAUUUCUAAACUAUUAAUAUUUUUAUUUAUGGACAGGAAGACCACAUACUUAAAGACUGAUCUGCAAAGGGCUGUAGUCUUCUAGUUCUUGAAGAACCAGACCUUGCUCAUUAGGGAAUUAAUAAUCAGAAGAUGGGAUCUAUGUAACUUUUUAUCAAGAAAACUGUAAUAUAAUGUAGAGCAACAACAAUAAUUCCUCAAGGAGCUAAUGCAGUCAAAACUAAAUAUGUUCCGAAUCUUAGUGAAAUUUCUUCUUUAAAAACAAACAAUCACAACAAAAACAAACCAGAAAAAAAUAUCAAACUUCAAGAUAUUUGGAAAGACGAGAUCAGCCUUGGAAGAUUCCCUGCACAGGACAACCUAGGUAGUUUCCCUUGCCAUAUAGCCUGGUCACCCUCUUAACCAAUAAUAAAAUUAGUACAUUAUUUUUGAUCUUUUGUGUUUGUCUAUAUGACUCAUCUACUUUCCCUAGGAAUGGGAUGGCAUUGUUUCAUUUUUCAGCAAAAGCAUCUUAUUUAAUGGAACAUCAGUUGAUACACUGCUGGCAAAAGCAUGCAGCAACUGGACAUUAUUACCACAGAUGACAAUCGAUAAUAUCUUCAGUCUGACAACGUGGAGGGUAUAAUAAGAGGGACAACUCCACAUCAUCACUCUAAAUGCCUGCAGCAGACACACUGCAGAUUUGUUGUUUUAUAGUAAUCAUUGAAAAUGCGGAAUAAUAAAGCUGGACCAUUAACCAAAGUGACAAUUUGUAAGGACAAAGAAGGAAAACCUAAGUCUUUUGGAUUUGUCUGUUUUAAGCACAAAGAAUCAGUGCCUUAUGCAAUAGCUUUGCUGAAUGGAAUCCGUUUGUAUGGAAGACCAAUUAAAGUGCAAUAUCGGUUUGGGAGUUCUCACUCGUCAGAACUAAACAGCCCUACACAUGGUUUUGAGAACUAUACUGACUUAUAUUCACCUUCGUAUAGGUGUCAAGAGGCUUAUGGAAAUCCUCCAUUUCCUCUUACUCCUUUUCCAAUGAACAAUAGUUUACCUCAUGAAUACUCAGGCUUUCAAAAGAUGAUGAACCAUUUUUUAGCUCAGCAGUAUACAGUACAGAGUCCAAUGGGUCAACAAUUUCCUUACUAUCAGAUGACUCCGCCACUGCCUUCAAAUUUAUCCUUUUCUGUCUAUCCAAAUCAAGCUGCAAAUUUUAAGUCUGCACAGAGUUCUUUUGAACUCGCCCUACCACAUUCAAGUGACUGUGAAGUGCACCAUGUGGAUGAAAGCACCUCUAAAAGAAAGAGAGAACAGCAAAGCUGUGAGAGUGACUCUAGUAUUGAGGAUGACAAAGUGAGACAGAGAGAGCGUGACCAAAAAUACAAGCGCAAAGCCAAGAAAAAAACACACUAAUACUGUGUAACUGGAUUCAUCCUUUUUAUUUAUUUGCUAUUUUUAUUUGAGAGAAAUUCAAUCUUUCAUCUUUGCACUUUAUUAUAAAAGGAAUGUUCAAUAUUCAUAUUAUUUUUGAAAUGUGUUAUGCACAGAAUAUACUGAUACUUUAUUUAAUCUCAACCUCCUUAAAGAGGAAGGUACCAUUUAAGGUAUGAGAAACAUUUAGGAAGAUAAAGUUUUCCUGAUAAAGGAAAAAAAUUAGUUGUUUCCCCUCCGAGGAUCAUGGAAGGCUGUGAGUUCACUGUUAUAGAAACUAUGAAAAUACAUAAUUUCAGGCAGCCAUGAAGCAUAUGUAUCACUUCCAUCACUUAUGGAGUGUAUUUUUGUGAAUGGUGUAAGAAUUUUCUGGAGCCAUUGAAGGAGUGAGCUAGAAAUUCUAAAUGUCUUGUCAGAGAUGUGUUUGUCACUGAAGUAUCAACAUCUAUAACAUUUUUCUGAUUUAGCUCUGUUGUUACGUUCAGUUAGAAUCACCUUGUAUAGUUACUGGAACUAGUUUAUUCCAGUAGUACAUUUGAGAUAAAAUCUGGGCAUUUGCACUAAUUAAAGGACUUAUAUAUGUAUCAGUACUCAAAUAAAUGUGUCUACUUUGUGGCUGCAGUACUGACUAGAACUACAUGGAUAUACAUACAUCUUUCUAUACAGUUGCUCUCUAGUGUUUUGUUUGCUUAUUUGAGAAUCUUAAGUGUUUAUUGUAACAAAUGGAUUAAAAAUUUACUGAAUAUCUCAUCUAACUGAUAGCAGAAAAGCAUGAGUCAGUGGACUUAGUACUUCCUCUUAAGAGAAGUUUUUUUCCUUUGUUUAACAGAGAAAGAAUAAGUUGUCUGAUAUUGAGAUGAAUCAAAGUAGUCAAAUGACCUAUUUUCUAUCUUUCACAACUGCCAUCAACAUCCUGUACAUGGAUACAGAGGUAUUGUCCUAUACAAUACCAAGUACUUUUAAAGUCCUUUUAUAUAAGAUAGCAAGACAUUUAAUUUUCAGCUAUUUAAUAUUGGUUAAAGUUAGGUCUUCUGUUCAGACUAGGUGUUGGCUUCAAAUUGAACCUGAUGAAAAAAUAUUUUGGUUUUCAUAGAAUCAUUGAGCUUGGAAAAUACCUCUAAGAUCAUCCAGUACAACCAUCAGCCCCACGCUACCAUGCCUACUAAACCAUUUCUCCAAGUGCCACAUCUAAAUGUUUUUUUAACACCUCCAGGGAAAGAGACUCCACUACUUCCCUGGGCAGCUUUUUCCAAUGUGUGACUACUCUUACAGUAAAGAAUUUUUUUUCUAAUAUCCAAUCUAAACCGCCCCUGGCACAACUUAUUUUGGUGAACACACCAGCACCCACCUUGCUACAACCUCCUUUCAGAUAGUUGUACAAGGCAAUAAUGUCUCUCUUCAGCCUCCUCCAAGCUAAACAAUCCCAGUUCCCUUAGCUGUUUCUCAUAAGACUUGUGCUCCAGUCCCUUCACCGGCUUCAGUAGCCUCCUGUGGAUGUGCUCGAGGACCUCAAUGUCUUUCCUGUACUGAGUGGCCCAAAACUGAACACAGUAUUCAAGGUGCAGCCGUGCUAGUGCCAAGCAUAGAGACAUAAUCACGUUCCUGCUCCUGCUGGCUACACCAUUUUUCACAGAAGUCGGGAUGCUGUUGGCCUUCUUGGCCACCUGUGCACACUGGUGGCUCAUAUUCAGCCAGUGGAUGACCAGCACUCCUAAAUCUUUUUCCACCGGGGAGCCUUCUUUCUGUUUUCUUGGUUAUAAUGUUGGGUUGCUUGAAAGGAAUACUUUUCAUCCUUACACUGGUAUUGAAAAAGAAUAUCAAAGUUUACUAGUUUAAAGGUGGGGUUUUACAAGCUUAAAUACGUUUCAGAAAUGGAAGAAUGUUUAGCUUGCCACAAUUACUAUUUUAUCUGAUAAGUUAAAAAAAUCAGUUUCUCAACACAUUGCUUUAACUUCCCAAAGGGAUUGCUUCUUGAGCCUAAGAGACUUUCCUGUAAGGCCACAGUAUGGUACUCUUGAAAUGUUAUUAGCAGAUGAAGUCAGCCUUCUCUAUGAGAAACACUCAUGCAUUGGUAAAAUAUUGAAAGGGACAAAGUCUUCGAAACAAAGACAAUAAUAUUUUUAUUUUACAAUUCAGCGCUGAAUCAGAUGUCCUUCUAAAAAAAAGGUAUAACAUUUUACAAAAACAAUGGGUAUAUAUACUAGUUUUAGACAAAGAACCAUGUAAAUCCUCAAAGAAUGUUCAUUCUUUUUUUAGAUUAUCCAACCAUGUCUGGAGAUUCCCUUCAGGUUAUCUCCUGACCCUACAAGAGCUGCAUCUUACAAGACAACUAAGCGUAUUAAUAAGUUCUCGCAGCCCUAAGGUUAUCUCUUGACUUAAAACAGCUACAUCUUACAAGACAGGUUCAUAUGAUGAGAUAAUUAAACAUACAAACCAGCUGCAGCAAAACUUAUCAAUUAAUUCUCACAUCUAGAAAGAAUGUACAUAAUAGUUUGUGCUUUAAAUAAGGUCUUAUGUUCUAAGAAAUUUGCUAAAUCUGCCUAAUCACUUUUACUUUUUCCCUCUACCCUUCCAAACAAACACUUGCCUCCUUUUUCUUUUUCAUUAUUUUCUUUCCCCACCAGUAGUUUUAGGGUUAAGCUUUGUAGAUACAAUCUCCUCUCUUUGGGGAUGCUGCUGACAUUAUACCAGUAAAUCACUGAUCACAAAAGUUGCCAAAUAAUGGAAAAAGUUAACAAGCAAAAUACACUGGAUUUCCUUAAACCUAUUCCUUGUGCUAAAGAAAUUUAAAUAUAAUUAAGUAGAGGAGUAAUAUGUCAACAUUAGCUUAAGUUAGAAAUGAAAUUCAUCAGACAAAAGAGAAAACGAAUGGCCAAACCAGAGUUAGCCUACAGAGCAACUUAGUCAGGUCUAUGUGAAUGUGUCCUUACCAGACUUCCACACUGGAUAGACAAGAAAAUCUGUUCUAUGCAAUUAUGCUCUACAAAAAAGAAUGUCAAGGUGGAUCAUACUGCAUAUGGCUGAUAAAAUAUCAAUACAGUUAGUUCUUCCUAAGAAAUACUUUUUCUCAGCCGCUUCCUUCCCAGUCUCCACAAAAAGUGGAGUAUUUUUUAUUUGGGCUGGGGUGGAGUUGGGUUUCAUCUAUGUAAUUGUGGCUUUUGAAAGACAGAAUGUCCUUCUGAUAACAUGUUUUCUUUCUCUGAUAGCAUGUUUUCUUUCAGAGUGUUUUCCAGGCACUGUUCAUUCUUUGGAGGUGAUAACAUCUUUUGUUCAGUCUGAUUUGUGCUGAAAAGAUGUCUCUUCUCUGUUUGCAGCCUUUCUCUGUCUCAAAUGCAAGGUCAAGCAGAGAGCUGGAGCCAGAGCUCCAAAUUAGCAAGAGAUUUCACUGUUGCAAAGUUCAUAAUAAUAUUAAAAUUAGACCUUGCAAAGUAAUAGGAUAUGCAUAAGAUUUCUGGGAAAAAACAUCCAUAUGCAUCUAAGUGGGAAAACCAUCCUGUCCCAGCUCUUGUCUCGCUGCACAUCAUUGAUGGCGAUCACUCCCGUAUGUUGCCCAGGUCUGAUAAAGGAUGCUUUCUUUCCAAAACUCCAAAAUGAGUCUUAGAGAGUUGACUUGCUGGCAGUUUCGGUAUCAUCACUGUUACUCGAAUUCUGUGCAUCCGUACAACAGACAGGACGAGAGGCACAUGCAGACCAUGCCCUCAGCAGCCACAGGUUGCGUUCUAGGGCACAAAAAGUGCAUUUCACCACAAAACUUCUCUGCGGCCAUGGGGGUACCGGGCUGCACUGCACAGGUGGAGUGACAGAACUGGGAGCACUAGACCUGCCUCACUGGAUGCAAGAAAGUGACAGGGAGGAGGCGUUACUGAUGGGGCUGAGAGUGGGCAUCCUGUCUCCCCUCUCCAGGACCUGCCUGCUGCCCCAGGAAGGAGCCGGCAGCUGCCGGGGCCGCCCCAAGAGGUGCAGAAAAUAUUCAGUUUUUCCAGACAGUUGUGCAGUGCACUGAGUGCAGGGCUCCUGUACAACACACAGGUGUUCACCCCCAAAUGUUGAAGCUAGGCUAUCUGUUGUAUUUUUUAACCAAUUCCACAGUGUUUAACAAAAGAAGAGAGGACAACUCCGUAUUUAAUAAUACAUAAUAAGCUCUACUUAGUGAGAGCUUAUUUAACUGUGAAAUAACUGGAUGCAAUUAAACUAAUAGUGUGAACAUUAAGUAUGUUCCCUCUUUCUAAUCACAAGCUGUCAUGGUUUAGCCCCAAACAGCUAAAUUCGGCAGCUAAAACCAUGCAGUUGAACUUCCAAAAUCCUUUCCCCACACCCCACAGGGAAAGGAGAGAGAGAAAUGAGAGGAAAAAGACUUAUGAGUUGGAAACUGAAACUACAGCUUUAGUGAAAUGAUAAUGAUAGUAAAGAAAAGAAUUAGACAAUAAUAAAAUAUAUACAAAUAUAUGAGAUCAUGCCCCCACCACUCAAUGACUACAUGCCACCACAAAUGCUGCAGAGUAGACGUGAGGGAAAGGGUCCACGGCUAGGAAGGAGCUGGACUCAGGAACUGGAUUCAGGAACACACGUAUCCGAGAUCAGGAGCAACCAAACAGACAAGGUCCUCACUGGAUGUUGGCCAUUGCAGAGAGAGACCCUCGUGAUCUCUCAGUUUAUACUUAGUGUGACGUACAUGGGAUGGAAUACUCUGUUGGUCAGUUUGCAGUCACCUGCCCUGCUUGCCUCUUCAGUCUUCUUUAAUUAUCUAAUGAGGGAAAUUGCAAAGAGAUCAGGAAUUUCUUAGCUGAAGAACUGAGACAAAACCAGUAGAAGUUCAAUUCCAUAAUAUUAUUUUUACAUAUGUGAUGUAUUUAAACAUAAAAUUUAAUGCUAAUAAAAAUGGUGGUUGCAACCAUUCUAAGUACAAAUAUCUAAAUUUUUUUUCUUUUUUUUUCUUUUAUGUCAUUCUUUAUUUGUAGUCCAUUGUCAGUGAAGUCACCAACAGGAUAUUUUGUCUAGAAGUUUAUUUGAGAAUUGCUUUUGAGUUAACAAAUUGGAAAACACACAUAAGACCUGCCUUUCCUUAACAUCAUAUUUCCUUGUGACCUUCCACCAUACCUGUAUCCAAAUGGACUUGAUUAAACAAGUUGCCGCUAUGUCAGUUUAUUGAACUUUUUAUUAUCAGUUGUUGAUUUAAUGCAGAGAAUUUAAAAUUUCUUUUCUUUCAUUUUCAGAGUAAUGAUAAUGGUCAGUGAAAAUCAUCCCAGUUUAUAUGGGAGUGGAUAUGCUAUUGCCUUGGUUUUUGUAGUUCUCCAUUAGUCAUAUCAGCGUAACAACUUGCUUACCACGGUCAAAAUUGUGACUGCAGUUGUUGGCCUGAUAUACAAAAAGGUAAUCAUUUGUUCUACUUUUUUUUCAAUACAAAACCUAAAAUAAACACACAAUGUUAAACGACAAUAUGCUUACCAGCUCGAUCUAAACCCAGGAUGUUAUAUGACGGUGACAGGCUAACAGAUUGACUUCAUAUUCUGAUGAUUAUUUAUUUAUAAUGAUUUGGAACUUCAGCAGUAUUUCUAUUUUAAGAUUCUAAUCCUAAAAUUACAUACUCUUGUCAGCCACCUGUACAGACAUAAUAUUGGAGAAGUAUAUAGAAACUGAACUCUUCCUAUUUUCAUUAUGGGUUAAUUUCCCAGAUUUGCUGCAUGAACUGGGAAAACUUUCUAGCUGUGGUGUCUGGGAAUAACAUAAGGGUAUUGGUCAUCCCUGUUUUCACUCUGUAGGAGUAGUGAAUAGGGAAAGCUGAAGUUUGCCACAUUGUCUCUUUUGGAGUUUGAAAUUCCAUUCCCCACUCCCUGUCCUGAUUUUAGUGACAUUUUCCAUUGAGUUGAAUACCUAGUAGGUUCCUUGCUUUUCAGAUGUUUAAAAGAUGGGUAACUGCCGUGGAAAUCUAUCUGUAACUUAUCCCACCUUUAAUAAGAUAUGCUGAGGUGGCAGUAUUAUUAGCUGCAAGAAAUGCAGGUGCUAAUAACGUAGAAAUAAAAGUAGCUGUCUGACCUGCUAAAUAUUAAUAACCUUUACUACACUGCUAUUAAGUAGCAUAUGAGAUGAAGUUGUUUUCUCAGUAUGGCACCUUUAGUUUAUUUUGUUACAAAAAUGGCACAUUGGUAUGUUUAUGAAGAAAGCCAAAAGAUUAUCCAAAUCUGAAAUAAAUUAAUGUAUUUGUUAACUGAAAAUACAGUAUCUUUCCUCAAGACAGCCAAACCUAUCUUUUGACAUAGAUUCCUCAGGUAUUUUCUAAACAAGUACACAAAAUUUUACUCGUAAAUUGCAAAUCAGUUAAAUAAAGGAAUUCAUUCUCUCACAUCACGUAUCAAGGUGUGUCAUUACAUGAGACUAUGAACAGGGGAAUAGAAGCUACAGUUGGGGUGGGCGUGUCUUCUGGCAAGCUUUCACAGUUGCAGGGUAGAGAUACAGCUUCAUCCUCUCUCUGAGUGGAGUUGAUCAGUGACUAUUGGGUCAGGUUGUGCUUUGCAGGUGGGAUGGAUGGUGGAGCAAGUUGCAGUACUGUCUUGUUAUGCGCAGGAGUUGAAGGUGACAGUGGAAAAAUGUGAGGCAGCAAAGGAGCCAGUUGCAGAUGACACAGAGGAAAGAUGAGACAGAGAGUCUUUGUGUCUGUCUGUCUGGGUGUCAGUCCUGAGGCACCUGGGAUUUAUGAUAUCUGCCUGCACCAACGAGAUUAUACACAUGCCUGCUGCGAAGCCUGCUGUUGCUUGUUCCUGCACUGGAAAGCUCUAAGCUAGGCCAAAGCUGAAGUUUUCAUAGAAUCAUAAAAUCACUAGGUUGGAAAGGACCCACUGGAUCAUUGAGUCCAACCAUUCCUAACACUCCCUAAACCAUGCCCCUCAGCACCUCAUCCACCCGUCCCUUAAACACCUCCAGGGAAGGUGACUCAACCCCCUCCCUGGGCAGCCUCUGCCAGUGCCCAAUGACCCUUUCCGUGAAAAAUUUUUUCCUGAUGUCAAGCCUGAACCUCCCCUGGUGGAGCUUGAGGCCAUUCCCCCUUGUCCUGUCCCCUGUCACUUGGGAGAAGAGGCCAGCUCCCUCCUCUCCACAACCUCCUUUCAGGUAGUUGUGAGAGCAAUAAGGUUUCCCCUCAGCCUCCUCUUCUCCAGGCUAAACUUGCUAAGGGUCCACUCAAUGCCUUCAUCCAGGUCAUUGAUAAAGACAUUGAUGGAGUUAACUCCAUUGACCAUCACUCUCUGGGCCCGGCCAUCCAACCAGUUUUCAACCCAGGAGAGUGUGCGCCUGUCCAGGCCAGAGGCUGACAGUUUCCGAAGCAGAAUGCUGUGAGAAACUGUGUCAAAGGCUUUACUGAAGUCCAAGAAGACUACAUCCACAGCCUUCCCUUCAUCCAGUAGUCGAGUCACUUUGUCAUAGAAGGCAAUCGUGUUACUUUGGCAAGACCUGACUAUCGUGAACCCAUGAUGAUUGGGCCUGAUCAGCCGUCUCUUUUUCUGAGCUCUUUUUGUGCCAUGUUGUCCUGUUUAUUUAGUAUAAAGAGUAGCAAGUCUGUUUCACUGAGUUCAGCUUUGCUCUGUUGUCCUUUUGGCUCCUCUGGGCAGCUGAAACCACCUAACGGUUGAGUUUUGUGAGUUCUGUGUGUUUUCUGCUUUCAGGCAUUAAAUGCAGCAAACUCCUCACGAUCAAUGCAUACAAUUGGGAAAAUCGUUAGCCUGACAUUGGUAGAUGCUCGGCAACUCAUGGUGUUAACUGUAAGCAUUGGCCCGUUGUGGUCAGCACCUUUUCAGACCAUCACGACUGUCAUCUUUCUCAGGAAAGAACUUGCCCCACUGUCCUUGCAGGUGUUUCAGUGCUUCUUUAGUUAUGCCUAUAAAUGCACUCAUUGCAGCCAAAGUAAAAAGACUGAAGGUGAGGUAUUUAAAUAAGCAUAGGAAGGAGAGUUUGUCAUAAUACAGGAAGGAAGGUGGUGGCAGGUUAUGCGUAUUUAAGAAUACUAUUGGUGCAUCUAAGUUGAGCCCAAACCAAAGCACAGCAGUUUUUCAUUGAGGGGAGAAGCAUAAAUGCAGUAAGAAAGCCAUAUGUUUGAUAACUAAACUAGUAUUUAGAUUGGAUACCUAAAUUUUCAUUACACUGAAACAAUACCUUUGUAUUAGUAAAAAUUACUGUAUGACUCAAUUUAGGCCACAGCUAUGUUUUUGUAUAUUACACGAGCUAAUUCCAUUAAAUAAGAGAUUUUGUAGGAUUACGGCCCUCUUUCACUUUUGUAAUUCAGGCUAAGCUGCUCACUCAAAUUUUGCACAUUGUCCUAAGAUUACAGGAAUUCCCUCAGAGGAACUGCAUGUGUUCUGGAUUUUUCUUUUACUACAUUUAUAUCUGAAAAUGGUAUAACUGCAGUGCUAGUGUGUUUUUCCUCAAGGUGAAAUUGGAUAAAAGGUAUUUAUUGCCUACAAUACGCUGCAUAUUUUACUUUCCAAAUCUUUUUGCUGUUUGGAAAAUGAAAACAUUGUUCUCUUUUAAACAGAAAAGCCAAAUGAGAUAUUCAGAUCAACAAGUCAAG